AUGUCAGAGCCAAAGAGAGACCCGUUCGAAUGUUUGAAUCCGUUCCGUAAGAGUCAGAAGAAAAGCACAGAUACCAUCUGUUCAACAGGAAAAGGCUCAGUCGGCGCUGUAGUUUCUGUCUCUACAAUGUCAUCAUCAAAAAAACCAGGUGGACUACCUGAACAAGCUACCACAACCCCUCGAUCUACGAAGCAACAACUCCAAUCGGGGAACAAACCACCAAAGUCUCCACUAGGCCACCAGCCUGAUUACACGCCAUGGACUAAACGAAAGGGUGGAGAAGAGUCACCACUAUUUAGAAAGUCCUUGAUUGGACUUCGCCCUUAUAGUCCUACCCCUACUGGAGGGGUCCCCGAGGAUAUGAAGAUUCCCCAUGGAUUGGAGAAUCCAGUUACGAAGAAAGAGAAGGGACCAGAUGGAUUGAAAGAAGAAGAGACCAAGAACGUUGGUACACAUGAAGAGAACAACGAUGAGGCUUUGACGGAUGAUGAGGAUAAAGAUUGGGAAGAUGAAGAUGGUGGGAAUGGGCACUAUGAACCGAGUCCUGAGGUCCUUGCUACACCAAUCAUUCGUCUUGUUUUGGACCACACAGAUUCAUCCAACCACGACGAAAAGGUCACGUUCCACGUCCACAAAGGACUUCUCAAGAAAUCAUCCUUCCUUUGGGCUUGUCUCAGUCCCCAUACCGAAGAACUUAUUCUUGAUGAUAGACUCAAACCAUACGCCGUCGAUACUAUCAUUCAAUUUCUUUACACUCAUGAAAUUGAUUAUCGACAUCAAUUCGGUACUGUCGAGGAUGCAGAAAAAGAUUUUGACAAAAUUACUACGAUCGAAUGGACCUGCUGCUACCUUGGUGUUCCAGCUUGUCGCGAUAAGGCUUUUCAAAAGAUCGAGACUGCUUAUAGGGUCUUCGAGUUUGGGUAUAACCAAGGCGCUGUUCAGAUGAGGAUCAAGAUGACUACGUGGAUCUAUGGACUCGAUGAGGGAUAUGUUGAGGCGGGUGGAUGGGUUCAUCGAAUGCGUAGAAGGGUUUUGGCUGGCUGGUGCCGUGAUAUUUCCUUGAUUCGAAACGAUCAGAAGCUUCUCGAAACAUUCGAAAAUACUCUCUCAGAGUAUCCUUCGUUCGCCUUCGAUCUUGAAGAGUUUCUUACCGAACGUGCCAGAGAGGAACCAAAGAUGGAGAGUAGACUCGAGGUCUUCAAAAAAGCCGAAAAGGCUGGAAUGGAAAGAUUCGAGAGACGACGUGCUUUCAUGUUCCCAGGAACUCUCUCCCAUCCGAGUAAACUUCAACUUCCGUUUCUUCGACCGAAGAAAGCUACCACACAAUUGCCUGCAUUUCCUUCCGGCCAACUACAAACUGCUCAUACUAUCAACCCUUUCGCUUUAUCGGCUGAUGCUCCGAGCUUUGUACCGGGUGGCUCAAAAGGAUUUGAUGGUGAUGCCUCUGGGCUCAAGACUCCCACCCAUACGCGACCAGUUGAUAGUGUCACGCCUAGCAAGUCUGAUCUUGAGCCGAAACCCGAGGGGCCUCCAUUGAGGAAGCGAGCCUCGAGAAUUGGUAACCUCGACCAAGUUAUUAAGUUCCUCGGUUCGCAGUCGGUACGAAAGUAA